AUGCAACUGCCCCCAAAAUGUAAACAGGUCGAAACCCACCACGAAGCUGUUCAAUACGGACAGUAUUUCAAAGAAGAAGACUGGAGCGCCUACUCAAAGAACAAUUCCAUGAUCAUGACUUCCAUGAUGUUGUAUUUGAGUCGAAGCUCUGCAGUUGAUGAAGAGGUUGAAGAAUAUUCUCAUACGCAGGUUAGAAACUUGGCAGUGACCUAA